AUGGCCACCGGCGCUAUCAAACAGGACCUGAACAGGUCGGGCUGGGAGUCGACCGACUUCCCUUCCGUAUGCGAGCGCUGUCUUCCGGACAACCUCUUCGUACAGAUGCUGAAGGAAGACCACGGCGCCGAAUGCAAGAUCUGCACCCGCCCGUUCACUGUUUUCCGCUGGAAGGCGGACCGCACCGCCCGCCAGAAGCGGACGGUCAUCUGCCUGACCUGUGCACGCCUCAAGAACUGUUGUCAGUGCUGCAUGCUAGAUCUGUCCUUCGGCCUGCCUAUCGUCGUGAGAGAUGCGGCGCUGAAGAUGGUUGCGCCGGGCCCGGAAAGCGCUAUCAACCGUGAAUACUAUGCCCAGGAGCACGAAAAGGAGAUUGAGGAAGGGCGCGGAGCUGUCGAGGCGUAUGAGAAGACGGAUGAGAAGGCGAGGGAACUGUUGAGGCGGCUGGCAAACAGCGAGCCCUACUACAAGAAGCAGCGGAGAUUAGAAGAGAGCGAGACUACCGAGGGUGGCCAGAAAGCUCUCACAGCUCCCAGCGGAGAAGGAGGAGGACAUAUCCCAGGACCAAUACGGACGCGAGGGACACCAGGUUCUCGAGGGGCAGGACGAGGUCGCGGCGGAGGACGAGGUGGACGGUUUCCCAGCGCUGCUCAACUGCCGCCGAGUGAGGAAGAUAUUCGACCCCCUCAAGACCCCAACAUCACUUCGCUCUUCGUCACCGGUGUCGAGGACGAUCUACCUGAGCACGAAAUCCGCAAACACUUUACACAGUUCGGCACCCUACGAUCCGUUGUGUGCUCUCAUCGGGCGCACUGCGCUUUCCUAAACUACACAACGAGGCAAGGCGCGGAGGCAGCCGCGGAGGCGUGUCAAGGCAAAGCGGUGGUAAAAGGGUGCCCGUUGCGAGUGCAGUGGGGCAAGCCGAAGCCGCUGGAUACACUGGACCGGGAUGAGAGGAUGCAAUAUGCAAGAGCGGGCAGGACUGCUGCAGCGCCUGCAGCAAGGCAGCGGGGGUCUGGUGGUGCGAGAGGUACUUUAGCCGCUGCGCCGGAGGAGGAUCUCGACAGCUUGGCUGCUAUUGUGCCGCCGCCAGGUGGAGAUGACGUCCAGUACGCCAGUCUGGCAGGCAAUUGA